AAGUCAAUGAUCUCCUCGGGGGAAUUUUCCACACAAGAUCAUUUGGGGAAAUAGAUAUGUCAAGGUCUCUUGUCUAAAUUUGAUUGCAUUCUAAAAAUGCUGUGGCUUUCCCUUCCACGUAACUCAUCCAUCAUCAUUAGUGGUUUUCAAAGUUAUGAGAUCAAACUGUCGUUUUCAAAAGGAUGUUAAACGAAAAUUAAAGAUUUUUUUCCCAGUAGCUAUAUUGUUACAACACUUGGACAUUUGUUUUGUUUGUUGUUCCGUUACCAUAUGAAACUCGGAGAGUUCAAUGUCCGGUGAGUUUGGAAUUUUUGUGUGUUCUUCAAACAAUUCUGUCACACAACAUUGUUCCCCUGCGGCCUUGUUUGACGUAUAUAUUCUCCACGUCACGUUGCGUGCCACAUUCUUGGCAGAUAACCCCUGUUUCGUGCUGAAACGUAUAUUAAUUAUUCGCAUUAGCAUCGUUUGUAUGUUAUCCUAUUAAUAUAUUGACGUGAAGAAGUCGCAUUAGUCGAACCCAGUCGCCAAUUUUGCCCGAAAAGUGAAAGUCGAGUAAAGCGCAAAGUAACAAACUGGCAACGCAGCCAGACAGGUGAUUUGACGUUUCGUCUGGAAUGACUACGUAUGUCCCAAGUGCUGAACAAGUGUGAAUAAUAAUAUAUCCGGCAAUAAGAAUAUCUAAACGGCCGUGUGAACUAAAACUUGUACGUCAUACCUGUUGUCAAAGUGUGCUGUUAUCGGUGGCUGGCUCUGCUCGUUGAUCUUAUCGUCAUGGAUAAAGUUAUCUAGAAGAUGCCCUUAGGAAUCAAAAAGAAUGGCACAGAGGAGAAAUUGAACAUCCCACGCGAAGAAAAAUUACACUCUGAAGAAAUGUGGCUGCCCUCUGUUGAGGCCAGCGGUUUGGAUGUGGAGGAUGUGGCGAGAAAAUUGGACACCAAUGUUCUCACCGGUUUGAGCUGGGCCGAGGCGGAGAGAAGAAAAUCCAUGUUUGGAGCCAACGAGUUUGUUGUGAAAAAUGAAGAUCCCAUUUGGAGGAAGUACAUGGAGCAAUUUCAAAAUCCGCUCAUACUCCUGCUGCUUGGCUCGGCAUUUGUCAGCAUCUGCAUGAAACAGUUUGAUGAUGCUGUGAGUAUCACGGUGGCAAUCUUGAUUGUUGUCACCGUAGCAUUUGUUCAGGAAUAUAGGUCUGAAAAGUCAUUAGAAGCACUAACCAAGCUCAUCCCACCAUCAUGUCACUGCAUUCGUGAAAGCAAAGUUCACUCAUUUUACGCCAGAGACCUAGUGCCAGGUGACGUCGUCCUGCUCAAUUUAGGCGCUCAAGUUCCGGCCGAUUUAAGACUUUUUGAGACCAUCGAACUCUCCAUCGAUGAGAGCAGUUUUACCGGUGAAACGGAGCCAGUUACCAAACAAACGAAAAGAAGGAAAACCGAUGAAAACAAAUCCACUUGGGAAACCAUGGCUUAUAUGGGCACACUGGUCCGUUGCGGAUCUGGAAAGGGUAUCGUUGUCUCAACGGGCGAUCGCUCCGACUUUGGCCAAAUGUUUCGCUUGAUGCAAGCUGUGGAAUCACCCAAAACCCCUCUCCAAGAAAGCAUGGAUACGCUCGGGAAGCAUUUGUCCUACAUAUCAUUUGGCAUAAUCGGUUUCAUCAUGUUAGCCGGCUGGCUUCAAGGAAAACCAUUGCUGGACAUGUUCAAUAUCGGUGUAAGCUUAGCUGUUGCUGCAAUCCCCGAAGGUUUGCCAAUUGUAGUCACGGUCACGUUGGCUCUUGGCGUCACUCGUAUGGCCAAACGUAACGCCAUUGUCAAGAAAAUUCCGACAGUUGAAACGCUAGGAUGCGUCAACGUUAUAUGUUCGGACAAGACGGGCACACUUACAAAGAACGAAAUGACGGUGACUAACAUUGUCACUUCUGAUGGCUGGCGAGCUCAGGUGACGGGUUCCGGCUACAACAACGUUGGCGCUGUCCAAAUCCAAGACAUUUCGAGUGAUUCGGAAACUGCACUAAUGGCCCGCAGUUCAAUCUACAACGUUUUGGAAGUUGGUUGUGUGUGCAAUAAUGCUGCAAUCAGCCCGGAAGGAUCUUUACGUGGUCAGCCAACCGAAGGUGCUCUGCUGGCUGCUGCGAUGAAGUAUGGCAUGCUGGCCUGCAGUUCCAACUACCACCGCCUGCAGGAAUAUCCAUUCAACUCGGAAAUGAAAAUCAUGACUGUCCGCUGUAUGCCUCGUGCAGCGCACAACGAAUCACGCCAAGAAAUCUUCUUCUCCAAAGGAGCCAUCGAGAAGAUUUUGCAGUACUGCUCGAAAAUUCAUUACCAAGGACGUUGCUUGCCGAUGAACAUGGAUCACCAACAAAGGGUGUUGGGUGAAGCCAGGCAACUGGCGACGCAGGGACUUCGGGUGAUUGGAAUGGCACGCGGAGAUUCAAUGGAAGCGAUGGAGUUUCUCGGCAUGGUCGGCCUGCACGACCCACCUCGACCGCAGGUGCGACAGGCCGUCGACAUCUUCCACGGCACCGGAGUUCAAGUGGUCAUGGUGACUGGCGACGCCAUGGAAACGGCCGUAUCCAUCGCAGAACUGUUGGGGAUUUACCGGCCCAACAGUACAGUCGUUUCUGGAGAGCAACUGGACGCUAUGGCCGACGAUGAACUAAAGGACCGCGUGAUGGAGGUGUCCGUCUUUUAUCGAGUGACGCCCCGUCAGAAGCUGCGCAUCGUGCAAGCUUUCCAGUCUGUGGGUGCCGUGGUGGCCAUGACUGGCGAUGGAGUCAACGACUGUGUUGCUCUCAAAGCUGCCCAUAUCGGCAUAGCAAUGGGCAAGAACGGCACGGAUGUUUCCAAAGAAGCGGCCGACAUGAUCUUGGUUGACGACGACUUUUACACCAUCAUGGCAGCUGUCGAAGAAGGUAAAGGCAUCUUUUACAACAUCCGCAACUUUAUCCGCUUCCAGUUGAGUACGAGUAUUGCUGCGCUGUCGCUCAUCACCAUUACAACCCUGGCUGGACUACCGAACCCGCUCAACGCCAUGCAAAUUCUUUGGAUCAAUAUUUUAAUGGACGGACCCCCAGCUCAAAGUCUGGGCGUUGAGCCCGUAGACAAAGAUGUCAUCCGGCAACCUCCACGCAGCAGCAAGCAAUCAAUGAUUGAUCGAUCUCUCAUCGCCAAUGUACUACUUUCGGCAGCUAUAAUCGUCCUGGGAACUCUGUUCGUGUUCCAACGCGAGUUGCAGGAUAACAAGUUAACACCUCGUGACACGACAAUGACAUUCACUUGCUUUGUCUUGUUCGACCUGUUCAACGCCCUUAGCUGUCGCUCGCAGGACAAAUCUGUCCUGGAAAUUGGACUUGGGACGAACCGGCUCUUCAUUGCCGCCGUGCUCCUGUCACUCUGCGGCCAACUGCUCGUCAUCUUUUUCCCACCACUCCAGUGGGUUUUCCAGACGGAAGCACUCCAUUUUCAGGAUAUGGCCUUCCUGACGGCUAUCACUUCUAGUGUCUUAAUUGUAUCCGAACUGAAAAAGUGGAUCCAGCGACACCCGCCUUUUCGACUCUUCUCUCCGGCUGUUAACAGAGGGCGAAGUCGUUCUGAUUUGAUCUAACCAAAAUUCUAUUUCAUUCAAUCGUACAACAUCUACUAUUCUUCAACUGUCUGUCAAUCUCUUGUUUUUUAUUCAAUUUCUUUUUCAUUCAUUAUUGUUACUAUAAAGGUAUUCGUUUGACGAGUCAAUAGAUUGCCAAGAGAACAGAA